CGGGCCGCCUCGGGCUGUAGCGGAAACUGACGGGCCGCCCCAGGCUCCGCCCCACGAGGCCUCACUUCCGGGCUCUGGGACUGUGCUGCUGGAAAGGCGGCUAUGGAGCGUCAGGUGCUGCUGAGCGAGCCCGAGGAGGCGGCAGCGCUGUACCGGGGCCUUAGCCGCCAGCCCACGCUGAGCGCCGCCUGCCUGGGCCCGGAGGUCACCACGCAGUAUGGGGGCCUCUACCGGACCGUGCACACUGAGUGGACCCAGAGGGAUCUGGAACGCAUGGAGAACAUCCGAUUCUGCCGCCAGUACCUAGUGUUCCACGACGGAGGCUCGGUGGUGUUUGCGGGGCCUGCCGGCAACAGUGUGGAGACCCGGGGGGAGCUGCUGAGCAGAGAGUCUCCUUCAGGUACCAUGAAAGCUGUGCUGCGCAAGGCUGGUGGGACAGGCUCUGGGGAGGAGAAGCAGUUCCUUGAGGUCUGGGAGAAAAAUCGGAAGCUCAAGAGCUUCAAUCUGUCAGCACUGGAGAAACACGGGCCCGUUUAUGAGGACGACUGCUUUGGCUGCCUGUCCUGGUCCCACUCAGAGACACACUUACUGUAUGUGGCAGAGAAGAAGCGACCCAAGGCUGAGUCCUUUUUUCAGACCAAAGCCUUGGACAUCAGUGCCAACGAUGACGAGAUGGCCAGGCCAAAGAAGCCAGACCAGGCCAUCAAGGGGGAUCAGUUUGUGUUUUACGAAGACUGGGGAGAAACCAUGGUUUCUAAAAGCGUCCCUGUGCUCUGCGUGCUGGAUAUCGAGAGUGGCAACAUCUCAGCACUUGAGGGCGUCCCUGAGAAUGUGUCUCCCGGACAGGCUUUCUGGGCACCUGGAGACACAGGUGUGGUAUUUGUAGGCUGGUGGCACGAGCCCUUCCGGCUAGGUAUCCGCUUCUGCACCAAUCGUCGGUCAGCCCUUUAUUACGUAGACCUCAUCGGCGGGAAGUGUGAACUCCUCUCCGAUGACUCUCUGGCUGUUUGUUCUCCUCGGCUGAGCCCAGACCAGUGUCGCAUUGUCUACCUGCAGUACCCGUCUCUGGUUCCACACCAUCAGUGCAGCCAGCUGUGCUUGUAUGAUUGGUACACCAAGGUCACUUCAGUGGUGGUGGACAUUGUGCCUCGGCAGCUGGGAGAGAACUUCUCUGGGAUCUACUGCAGUCUUCUACCUUUAGGAUGCUGGUCAGCCGACAGCCAGAGAGUGAUCUUUGACUCAGCACAGCGCAGCCGGCAGGACCUGUUUGCUGUAGACACCCAGACGGGCAGUGUGACUUCCCUAACAGCUGGGGGGUCAGGUGGAAGCUGGAAGCUCCUUACAAUUGACCAGGACCUUAUGGUGGCCCAGUUCUCCACGCCCAGCCUUCCCCCAAGCCUGAAAGUUGGGUUCCUGCCUCCUUCGGGGAAAGAACAGUCUGUGCUGUGGGUAUCCCUGGAGGAUGCUGAACCCAUUCCUGACAUCCAGUGGAGCAUCCGUGUGCUACAGCCCCCCCCAGAGCAAGAGAAUGUGCAGUACGCUGGCCUUGACUUUGAAGCAAUACUUCUGCAGCCCAGCAACCCUCCAGAUAAGGCCCAGGUGCCCAUGGUGGUCAUGCCACACGGGGGGCCCCAUUCAUCCUUUGUGGCUGCCUGGAUGCUGUUCCCAGCCAUGCUUUGCAAGACGGGCUUUGCAGUGCUGCUAGUGAACUACCGUGGUUCCACCGGUUUUGGCCAGGACAGCAUCCUCUCCCUCCCAGGCAAUGUGGGCCAACAGGAUGUAAAGGAUGUCCAGUUUGCAGUGGAGCAAGUUCUCCAGGAGGAGCGCUUUGAUGCCGGCCGUGUGGCCCUUAUGGGUGGUUCCCAUGGUGGGUUCCUCUCAUGCCACCUGAUUGGUCAGUACCCAGAGUCCUAUGGUGCCUGUGUGGCCCGGAACCCUGUGGUCAACAUUGCCUCCAUGAUGGGUUCCACUGACAUCCCUGACUGGUGUGUGGUAGAGGCUGGCUUCCCAUACAGCAGUGACUGCCUGCCAGACCUCAGUGUGUGGGCAGAAAUGCUAGACAAGUCACCCAUCAAGUACAUCCCUCAGGUGAAGACACCACUGUUACUGAUGCUGGGCCAGGAGGACCGGCGCGUACCCUUCAAGCAAGGCUUGGAGUAUUACCGUGCCCUCAAGGCCCGGAAUGUGCCUGUUCGGCUCCUGCUCUACCCCAAAAGCAACCACGCACUAUCAGAGGUGGAGGUGGAAUCGGACAGCUUCAUGAAUGCUGUGCUCUGGCUGCACACGCAUUUGGGAAGCUGAAGACCUGCCGUUCCGCGUGAGGUGGUCAGCCUGUGUCACACUUUGCUCUUGGGGGAUCUCAAACAUCUGGCACAGUGGCCCAAAGGCUUUCUGGUCUCUGGACUCCCUGGAGGAAUGUGGACUACGUAGUCACAAUAAAUGAGGACACAGA